GGUCCCCGGACCAAGAUGGCGGCUGACUCAACGCACCGUUCGGGUCAACCACAGGCAGCUCCAUCUAUGCGCCCACAGUGACGUCAUCCAUACGCGCCAAUCGAGGUGAUCGGUUGGCGCUCGAACGAACCGAACCAAGCGGAACCAGCAGAACCUGGGGGCGGUUCUGUUUGGGUCUGGCGUCCAGACGCCUUCAGGAACCGGAAGUCUGGCGGGAAUCUGGGUCUGAGUUCUAGAAGAGGCUGAAGCAGGUGGUUCUGCUCGGAUCAGUGAUGCCAUCCGGAUCGGUUCCUCCAGGAUCUGGACUGAAGUCUGUCAGGAGAUCUCCUCGCCUGUCACCACAGGCUGCCAGCGAGAAGCAGAAGGGAAGAGGAGGCGAGCUCCAGGAGUUGAAGAGGAGAGGGAAGAUGGAGAGGAGCAGGGAGGAGCAGCAGGAGGAGGAGGAGCUGAGCAGCAGGCUGAAGACGCUGGAUCUGUGCAGCAGGUGUGGGACGGGUCUGGUUUACUCGGAGAUCUUCACGCGUCAUCAGAACCUGUGGGACCUCAGCCAUGCAGAGAGUCCAGACAGAGUCACGUCCAUCAUGUCGGAGCUGCGGAGGCAGGAGCUGCUGGGUCUGUGCGUCACCGUGGAGCCCAGAGAAGCUACAGAGGAAGAGCUGCUGCUGGCUCACAGGAAAGAUUACGUGGACGCUAUGAAGGCGACUCAGACGAUGACCCAGGCUGAGCUGCAGAGUCUGUCUGACAGAUACGACUCGGUCUACCUGCAUCCUGAGUCCUUCCAGGUCAGCGCUACGGCUGUUGGGUCAGUCCUCCAGCUUGUGGACCGGGUCAUGGCAUCAGAACUCAGGAACGGCUUCGCUGUCAUCAGACCUCCAGGUCACCACGCUCAGGCCGACCAGCCCAACGGCUUCUGUAUGUUCAACAAUGUGGCGAUCGCAGCUCGAUACGCUCAGAAACGCCACGCCGUCAGCAGGGUGCUGAUCGUGGACUGGGACGUCCAUCAUGGUCAGGGCAUCCAGUACCUGUUCCAGGAGGAUCCCAGCGUCCUGUACUUCAGCGUCCACAGGUACGAGGGCGGCUCCUUCUGGCCUCACCUGCCAGAGUCUGACUGCAGCUUCGUAGGCAGCGGGCGAGCUGAAGGGAGGAACAUCAACCUGCCGUGGAACAAGACGGGGAUGAGCGACGCUGAUUACAUCACGGCCUUCCAGCAGCUGCUGCUCCCUGUCGCCUACGAGUUCCAGCCUCAGCUGGUUCUGGUCGCCGCUGGAUUCGACGCUGCAGCCGGAGAUCCGAAGGGGCAGAUGUGUGUGAGUCCUCAGUGUUUCCACAUCCUGACCCACAUGCUGAUGGGUGUGGCUGAAGGUCGGCUCGUUCUCGCUCUGGAGGGAGGUUAUGAGCUGCAGGCCACAGCAGAGGCCGUAGCAGCCUGCGUCAGAGCGCUGCUGGGCGGAGCCUGUCCUCCUCUGAGCCCGCCCACCGCUCCCUCUGACAGCGCCCUGCGGUCCAUCUCUCAGACCGUCUCGGCUCUGUACCCACACUGGGCCUCGCUGCAGGUUCUACCUGGACCCGGCGCUGAGGACCGGGUCACCAGAGCCGCAGCCGACCACAGCAGCCCCGCCCUGGCUUCCAUCAACACGUCUGCUGCCAGCACGACAGGUCUGGUCUAUGACGAGAAGAUGAUGGAGCACGUGAACCUGUGGGACAGACAUCACCCUGAACAGCCCCAGAGGAUCUUCAAGAUCUUCUCCAGACACCAGCAGCUGGGAUUGGUCGAUCGUUGCCAUCAGAUACCAGCUCGCCUGGCGACAGAGGAGGAGCUGGCCCUGUGUCACAGUUUGCAGCACAUCAAGCAGAUGAAGGCCACAGCGGAGAUGAAGCCUCGGGACCUUCACAAGCUUGGAAACGAGUUCACCUCCAUCUUCCUCAGUAACCAGAGCUUCCAGUGUGCCCAGCUGGCUGCUGGGAGCUGCUUCAGCGCUGUGGACAGCAUCCUGACCGGCCAGGUGCGUAACGCCGUGGCCAUCGUCCGUCCUCCAGGGCAUCAUGCUGAGGAAGAUGCUCCCUGCGGUUUCUGUCUCUUCAACACAGCAGCACUCACUGCUCGCUACGCCCAAAAAAACUCCCAUGAUCCUCAGCUGCGAGUCCUGAUCCUUGACUGGGACGUUCACCACGGCAACGGGACUCAGCACAUGUUUGAAGAUGCUGACAGCGUUCUCUACAUCUCCCUCCAUCGCUAUGACAAAGGGACGUUUUUCCCCUUCUCAGAGGAUGCUGCCUCUGAUAGGGUGGGCGUGGCCAAGGGCGCAGGUUAUAAUGUGAACGUGGCGUGGAGCGGCGGACGCAUGGGAGACUCCGACUAUCUGGCAGCCUUUCAUCAUGUCGUCAUGCCGAUCGCUACUGAGUUUAAUCCUGAUCUGGUUCUGGUGUCGGCCGGGUUCGAUGCGGCUCGGGGAGAUCCUUUGGGAGGCUAUAACGUGACUCCAGAGGGAUACGCCCACCUCACACACAUGCUGAUGUCACUGGCUGGGGGCCGUGUCCUCCUCAUCCUGGAGGGAGGUUAUAACUUGACGUCCAUCUCUGACUCCAUGGCGAUGUGCACCGGCGUUUUGCUAGGCGACCCCCCUCCGUCCCUGGUCAUGCCCCUGCCCCCUCCUCAUCACUACGCAGUGGCAGCGAUCGGCGAAGUCAUCCGACAGCACGCCCCCUACUGGCGGUCCUUGAGGAUCAACAUUCCAGAGUCUGUGCGUGCAGCCGUGCUCACCCCAAAGCACCGUGGGAAACGUAGUUCUCAGGGCAGGAAGUCAAAUAAAGCUCCUCUACCUGCUGCUGGAGAGGAGGUCUCUACGACGGAACACAGUCUGGAGCAGCUCAUGCAGGGAUUGGCCAGUCUAGACAUCCAUCAAACCCCCCCACAGGUCAAAGGUGACACAAAGUCUGAGUCAGGGAACAGCCAAUCAGCAGAGAGAAUGCAGCCUCAGAGCGUUACCGUGGCAGCACCACAGUCCGAUCAAGCAGGGGCGGGGCCUGAAGAAGGGGCGGGGCCUGAAAAAGGCACGGAGCCUGUGGUGGGGGCGGGGCCUUCCGAGGAGGCGGAGCCUGCAGCAGAGGGAGCCUGUGGUUGGUCGAAGCCUCAGGUGUCUCUGGAGCUGACAUGCAGCGCUGAGAUGGGCGGAGACACUCUGUACGUGGUGGACCCUCUGCCCUGGUGUCCUCACCUGGAUGCUGUUAAGCCCCUCCCACACUCAGGUAUAGAUGUCUUCCAGCCGUGCGGGGACUGCGGUUCUGACGCCGAGAAUUGGAUCUGCCUGACCUGCUACCAGGUGUGCUGCGGCCGCUACGUUAACGAGCACAUGGUGACGCACGGAGCAGUAAUGGAGCACCCGAUGGUCCUGAGCUUCGCAGAUCUGUCUGUGUGGUGCUACCUGUGUGAGUCCUACAUCCACCACCAGGUUCUGUUCGAGGCCAAAAACGCCGCUCACCUCGCCAAGUUUGGGGAGGAGGUUCCUCCGUGGAGCUGAGGAGGAAGAGGAGGCACCCCCCAUCAAACCAGUUUUUAAUUGUUCUGCAGAGCUUCAGCAUCAGAAAGUCGCUGGUUCAAUUCCCAGCAGGUUUCAUAGUGGAGGCCGGCACAGAGACAGUUGCUGAAGCAGCUGCUUGUGCCUCCGUUGUGAUUGGUCGGACCUAAAAUAAAUGUUAAUGUUCUCACUUUUAUUCUGUAAGGAACGUCCGCUGAAAAUGAAGCGUUUCCAUGACGUGCAAUACGCCUCGUUCACUCCCUUAGGAACCCGGUUGGUUCGUCAGCCGGAUCACAACUGAUCCGUCAGUCAGCGUUCCAGGCCAGGACGGUCUCAUCGAAGCUCUUCAUUUAAAUGUUUUAUUGAUAAUAAAAAUAAUUUCCUGCCCUC